AUGCUAUCCAUAGAUGAUAAGGAACCCAUCCCGUUUGUGGACUAUUACUGUGCCUGUUCAGCCAAGAAAGAGCAUGCUGCCUUGAAUAUAGAGCCAGCUGAAAGUACACCUUCUAAUCUCGGCCCAACCACUUCCACCACUUCGAUCACAAGCACAACAGGAGCAACAGCAGCUGAAGGUGCUGCUUCUGUCACUGGACGCCAUUUACUAUCAAAUCAAGCAUCCAACUAUCUAUACCCGCUUUCACGUCUUUAUUUUUGCGAAGAUUGCCAUCAGAUAAGAUGUCCCUCUUGUGUGCAGGAUGAAAUCGUAUCGUAUUAUUGUCCAAAUUGUCUGUUUGAGGUACCUACUGCGAGUGUGAAGAGUGAAAAGAACAGAUGUGCUCGAAACUGCUUCCAAUGUCCUAUUUGUCAAAAUACGCUGUCUGUCGUUGCAGCUCAGGAACCAACUCAAAUGUCUGCCUUGGGUCCUGCUCCGGGUCCCUAUUUCUUGGCUUGCAAUGUCUGUCGUUGGAACUCACAGGAAAUCAACAUGACAUUUGAAAAACCUACAAGUCUAGCGUUGCAAUUGCAAAAGAAUGAGGAAGCGCUGCCUGAUGCAAAGGAAUUUGACCAACUCAAAGAGCAUUUUGAAAAGCAUCUCAGAGUGAAUUCACCGCCAUCAUUACCAACAAGCUUCUUGUCAUUCUCUAGCUCAUCAGCAUUCAGUAAAUACAUGGGAAGCCAAUUUCAGCAUGAUUCUCAAACGCAGCAAGGAAAGUUGGACGAUAUCAGCGAUUAUGAACCAAGUGUACAGGUACCAGAUGACGAUGUAAGAUUAUUGGAAUCAAUGACGACUCUGAGAAGCGUGGAUGGAGUGUCUACAUUGUCUCAACGCUUCUCUCAACUAUACGAUCAGCCUUAUGAACUAUCCAAAGUACAUCCUCAGCGCAUUCACCUAGCCAUAAAGAGAUCGAAGCGUUGUCGUAACUGUCGCCACAUCCUGAUUAAGCCAGAACAGAAAGCGCAAGCAACUCGAUUCAAGAUCAAGCUGGUUGCCAUGAACUACAUACCCACGAUUACAUUAUUAAAGCUGCCUAGAAAGAACUGGCCACUUCAAGUUGGGGUGCCUACACAGCUUGUGCUCAAAUUCACAAAUCCAUUGUAUGAAGAGAUGAACAUCACAUUAGCAACACCUCAAAUUAGAAAGAAAUCUGCCGAUGAUGAGGAAACCGAGCACAAAAUUCGAGGCAAAGUGACAAUUCUGUCACCUCAUUUCACUGUGGGCGCUUACAAUGAGACGAUCGAGUAUGAUGAUGAGAUGUAUCCUACUGGGAAUAGACGAAACAAUGCCAAUUUUGCUGCCAAUUCAUACGUAGAUGGUGUUUAUGAAAAGAGAAACAAUUAUACCAGCAUAUUGGUCGAAGUUAUCCCUGAUCAAGCUGGUGAAUUCAAGUUUCCCUUGCUUGUCACUUAUAAUUACAAAUCAGACGAGGACCGAAUGGAUGUCUCAUCGGGAGACAUUGAUGCGGAUGAAAUGGAUGAGAUGGAUGUGGAUGAUAGCAUGGACGGAUCAAAGAAAUCGUCGCUCAGAUUUGAUGACGAUAAAAUCAAGAGCUACUCCUUUUGGUGCCUCAUUGGCCUUGGAUCAGCUGUAUAA